CCGUGUCAUUUUGUGGGCUUGCUAAGUAGAAGCAGUUUGGGGUUCUGCAUAGUUGUUUUGUUAGCCCUACAUGACAGCCAACAAUGUCAAAAUUAGAGCUUUUAAAUGCCUUCCUCACCGAACGGUUAAUGGUGGCUGUCCAGGAGAUACUAGAGGUGGUAGGAGACACGGUGUCUGAGUACCAGGAGGAAACUGCCCGAAUAAAGAAAGAAAACGACAGUCUGAGAUGGAAGCUGCGUGAAGUUGGACUUGAGGCUGAGACAGCUUGGCAAUAUUCAGGUGAACAGCCCACUGCUAUCCCUCUCUCUGGUGUAAAGGCUCCCAAACAGCAGCAGGACUGCAGUUCAGAGCUCAUGCCAGCUGAAGAGAAACAGGAGCUCACUGAGGAACAUGCAACCAGAGAGGGAGAAGAGGAGCUGAACGGUGGUCAGAUAACAGUGUCAAGUGAUCGCAAUGAAUGUUUUACAUCAGAACUCAACACACAGGCACCUGAAAGAACAGGGUCAUUGUUGACACCAUUCUGUGUGAAAAGUGACUAUGACCAGGACUCCAACAACCCGUCCCAUCUAUUCAAGAUACGGAUUGUUAACACCGAAGAGAUGGACUCACAACCCAGUAUGGUAUCUACCCAGAUUAAAGCAGAGCCUGAUGGAGUGGAUUCUGGCAUGACAGAGCAGGCUGCUGUAAAUCCAGAUAGGAUGAAUAAUAUGAAUGACAGUAUUGUGGAAGGUUUCCCUGCAUCUGAAGUACAGGAGUCUGAAGACAAGCUUGAGGCAGAACUGGGGCAAGGAAGUGGAGCCCUGCUAGGAGACCUGGUAGGAGUGACCUCUGAGGUAGGAGGAGAACCAUUCCAGGGCUGCUCCAGUGAUUCCCAGGGCCGACAGCUCAGACAGGAGGAUCUGGUGGUUGACUGUGUCAAAGGCAGCUGA